UCCUCUCUCCCUCUGUCAACUUCAGUCUUUCUCUCUCAGAUAUUUCUCUGAUUUCCUCUCUUCGUCUCUCCAUGUACCUCUCCUCACCUCCCCCUUCCCCCUCUUAAUUAUAACCCUUUGAUCCCCAAUCCCAAAAUUAAAUUCAAUUUCAUGCACUUCCUCUCUCUCUCUCUCUCUCUCUCACCCACCCUUUUCUCUCAUUCUCUCUUCCUCAUCAUUUUGUUUGCUUCCCUUUGUAAUUUCCUUUCUCUCUUCCUCAAGUUCAAACACUCCUCUUAUCCCUUAGUGUAAUUUAGGGUAGAAAUUUUGCUCGUAAUCAAAAGAAUCUCUCAAUGGACCCUCAACAGAUCCCAAAUGAAGUACAAGAUGGAGGCAACAGGCAGGGGGGUGGAAUCAUGUGCAGGCAAAGCAGUACGCGGUGGACACCCACAACUGAUCAGAUAAAAAUCUUGAAGGACCUUUACUACAACAAUGGCAUUAGGUCACCCAGCGCUGAGCAGAUUCAGAGGAUCUCUGCUAAGCUGCGACAGUUCGGCAAGAUCGAAGGCAAGAACGUUUUCUAUUGGUUUCAGAACCACAAAGCUCGUGAGAGGCAGAAGAAAAGAUUCACUUCUUCUUCUGCUCCUGAUCACCAUCAUCAUGCAGCACCACCAGUGCCAGCUGUACCACCAGAAUCCAAUAAUAUCAGGCAAAGAUCAUCAGGGGUUGGGAUUGAUAUUAAUGCAACUGCUGCUGCUGCUUAUGAACAAGCACCCAUUAAUCACCACGGCAAGUAUUCCAACAUUUCUGCUCCACCAGCCGGGUUUUCUUCUGCAUCUUCUUCUUCAGUUGGUGUGAAUGUUUCUGUUGGGGCACAGAUGGGAAACUAUGGGUAUGGAUCCAUUGCCAUGGAGAAGAGCUUUAGGGAGUGCUCAAUAUCAUCUGGAGGAAGUACUAGCACUGGUCAUGUGGGUGGAUCUAAUUAUAAUACUUUUAAUCACAACUAUGGAUCAUGGGUUGGUGUUGAUCCAUAUUCCUCGCCCUACACUAUCUUUGACAAGAAAUCCUCAUCAAAACCAGUGUUUGGUGACCAGGAAAAUAUGACGGAAGAAGAAUACUACAAUCUGCAAGCUUCCCAAGAGAUUGAGACUCUCCCACUCUUCCCCAUGCACGGUGAAGACAUCCAUGGCUUUGGCAACAUCAAGUCAUCCUCCAUGGAUGGCUACUACUCCGGCUGGUACCGCUCCGAUGGCGGCAACGAUGGUGGCUCUCGCACUUCCCUUGAGCUUAGCCUCAAUUCCUACGGUCACAUGACCCAUGAUUACUUCAGAUCAUAUUGAUUAAUGUAAUAAUAUUCCUCAUGUCUCUAAUUCUGAGUUCUAGCAAGCUAGCUGCUAUAAUAUCAGAAUGAGACUAUUUAAGAUCCCCAUGUUUAUGCUCUGAUCUUAUAGGUUAAAUCUAUUAUCAGCUUGUAAUUAUAAUCAGUAUGGCUACUAGCCUGCUACCUUAUAUAUAUGAUUAACUCCUCCUAUUUUAAGGC